ACAUGUUAAUUAGCUCCCAUCAACAUCCAGAACUCAAACCCUAAAAUGGAGGCUGAUGAUUUAACGAAACUCUCUCUUCUCCAACGCAGAAACGGAGCCGUUUCACAAACCCUAGACUUGGAGCUCCUCUCUGUCAACAAAUCUUCUAAUGAUCUUCUUCUACGUUACACUUCCCUCAGAGACAUCCUCCCUUCCACCACAGCCACCGCUGAUUCCUCUGCCGUCUCUGUACCGGCUCCCGUCAUCUCGAUCCGCAACCGCCUUGUAAAGCAAGCCGCUUGCUCCUACCUACAACCUGCUACUCCAACCCCUUCCUCUAACUCUUCGUUUCUCCGCCGUGUCUCUUCUUCUUUCUUCCGCCUCCUCUCAGCCGUAUUCGGUUCCCUCCUCCGCCUCUUUCCAUCACCUCGAAGAAUAUUCAGAGCUUAGUGAUAUAAUUAAGCAGAGAGACUUGACAAACUAUUCCGACAUCAUCUCUCUGUUUUUCUUUUUUUGUUCCACAAUAUUUUUUUUUCUUUUAUUUCAAACAAAUCGUGAAUGUUUUUGAUGUUCAUGUAAUACAUGUCAGUUUGAGCCCUGGAACUUGCGGGCCUGGCUUGGCGCGAGUCUCCAUGAGGAUGUUUACUCAGUUAUCUUCGCCUGUUCUUGUAGGCAAUGGUGCCAAAGACUAGUCAAACGAAAACCGCCUUGCAAUUUUGAUUUUAAUUGGAUAUUUAAUCACUGUUAUGUAAUUUUUAGAUAUAUAAACAUUGUUAUGUCA